AUGCACAAUGUCGCGAACGCCACGCGUCAAUCACUGGAUGAGCUCCGCAUGACAGAUAUCAUGCAAGCUGUUGAGCGAGGUCACAUCAAUGCAGCACAAUCUCUCCUCGAUGGUGUAUCCCCUGAUAUCCAGGAUCGGACGGGCCGAACCAUCUUCUCCCAGGCUGUUUCACUCGAUUCAAAGCACGAUCUCCAAAAUCGUCUCAAUGCGGAAGUUCUGUUUGACCUCCUCAUUGCUAGAGGCGCUGACCCCGACCUCGGAGAUCAUACGGGAGAGACACCCGUGCACUGGGCAGCAAAGGCAGGUGACCAUGAGAUGGUGUGUCUGCUCUUGAAAAGGGGUGCUCAGUCGGACAUCCCAGACAAAUGGGGCCGCACGCCGUUAUCUCGAGCUGCCGAGAGGGGACAUAACUUGCUUGUCGAGCGACUUUUGGUUGACGGCCGUGCGGAUUCUAACAGUAGAGACAGACGCGGUCGCACACCGUUAUCUUGGGCUGCUGAAAAUUCACAUUUACACAUUGUGGAGACAUUGGUCAACCACGGUGCAGAUGUGGAGAUUCGUGAUAACGAGGGACAGAUACCUUUAUGGUGGUUCCUGAACCAUACAGACCGAACUAAUACAGCCGAUCGAGAGACAGUGAAAGACCCGGUCAACUUCCAGCGAUGGUGUUCAAUUCUCGGCCCCAAAUCAAGCAUAGAGCCUGUUACCAAGAAACGACGGACAUUCCUGGCCUGGGCUUGUGAGCGAGGCGACCAGCAGCUGGUGCAAGAAUUGCUCCGAACGACAUGGACCGAUCCGAACUCGAUUGAUCGACAUAGGAAAACACCACUUAUCUAUGCUUUGGAGUGGAAGCACUACGAAAUUGCCGACAUGCUUAUGUCUGGGGUAGACCCGGACAGACCGAAAAAGGACUGUGUGUCACUACAUCUUCUUAUACGAGAAGGCCGAUCCCGUCUGCUGAAACUGUUCUUAGAGCGAUACAAAUCUAAUCUAAAUGAGGAGGAUACGUACAGUGCAGUUCCUCUCAUGAGGAUGGCCCUCCAGCAAAGUGACCGGCCGACCGUGAGGCUACUCUUAGACUACAAAGCAAGUACGCAGGGGCUGAAAAGCAGCGAUUGGUUUGGACCUUGUAGCACAUUGAGAGCGGCGGAACCUCUAGUGGGUCUGAAUAAAGCGAACUGGGAUGGUUAUUCCUCUAUACCAGUAAUGGAGAUGACAAUCCAGGAGCGUGAUCGCACCGCAGUUGCCACUUUACUCGGUAAACGUGCUCGAAUUCUAGAGAUCGAGGAUGAUGAUGACGACUUCGCACAGUAUUCUAGCAACAUCCAGCAGAGCGUCGCCGUGGAUAUAAUGACGUAUAAGGACGGGCGACAGGCUGUAGAGUGGAUUUCGGAGGACACGUUCGACCAAAAAAUGAAAAAACUGACAAAGAGCCCAGACGAGAGUCAUCUGAUACUCUUUCGAGAGAACCAGACUUGGAACACAUAUUGCCAGAUGGACAAUCUCCCCAACGAAUUAAAGUUCUCUCUGGGUAACAGAAGUCCAUGUAGGACUUUUAGUCUGUCCAUCGUCAUGCAUUUCCAGAAUAUGAAGGCCCCCAAGGACUCUCUUGAUGACAACAGUGGCGAACACCAUCGCGUCCGAACAAUUGAAUGGUCGGUACUUGAAGCGCCUCCAAAAACAGUUCACUACUUCAGCAAUCUGCCAUUUGGCUGGACCCCAGAAAGCGACUUGGAGCUUAUUGAGCUUUUUAUGCAAACAUGGAAGGACGACUGGAUAACCUUCUGUCGGGAUGAAAGGAGAAAUCUUGGGCACUUGCGAUCAUAUCAGCUGGCCGCUGCUGGAAAAGACGACUUUCUAAUUGACGCUAUAGCGGGAAAUAUGCAAAAAUGGACCCAAAUGCAAUGGAUGCUAGAAGAUCAACUCAACCAGGCGAAGGAAUUCGUCGCACAGUACCAAGCGUUUACCGAAAGUCGGCAGCUCAGCGAGUACAUGGGUAAGAUUAUCACUACUUUUGAGCAUGACGUUUCAUGUCAGAUCGAUAAGAUGGAACAGGGAAUUCGGGAUUUGCUGCAAGUGGAAUUUGCAUGGGUGUCUAUCAAUGAAGCUCACCGGUCGACCAGUCUAGCCGCAAGCAUGAAGCGGAUUAGCUGGAUCACGUUCAUAUUCCUCCCUCUAAUGUUUGCCUCUAGUCUUCUUGGAAUGAAUAUAGACAUCCUGAAAGAUGAGCCGAGUUGGUGGUGGUUUCUCAUAAUCGGAGGUUCCCUGACAUUUCUCACGGUAUUCACUUGGAUUGGUGCCAGAUUCACACGACUUGAAACGUGGCCAGAGAAAAUGAUAUGGACACAACCAAAACAAAGGCCAUACUCCCUCGACCAAAAUAUGAGGCCGUUGAGCAGAUCGUUGCAGCCGUAG